AUGCUUGAUUGGGGAGUUCAAGGCCAUCAACAAAACCAUGAUCAUGAUCAUGAUCCUUAUCAGCAACAACAGCAACAACAAGGAUGUAGAAAGGGACCGUGGACACCUGAAGAAGAUAAGCUUCUCGCCGAAUACAUUACUUCGAGUGGUGAAGGAAGAUGGAGCUCUGUUGCUAAGUGUGCAGGGUUGAAUAGAAGUGGAAAAAGCUGUAGACUAAGGUGGGUGAACUACUUGAGGCCAGGGCUUAAGAGAGGACAAAUCACUCCUCAAGAAGAAGGAAUCAUCCUUGAACUUCAUUCCCUUUGGGGUAACAAGUGGUCUACAAUCGCAAGAUAUUUACCAGGGCGAACAGAUAAUGAAAUCAAGAACUACUGGAGAACCCAUUACAAGAAAAAAGAUAAAUCUUUUUCGAGGCAAGACAAAGUCAAACGAUGCCGGAAACAACCACUAGAUCUGAAACCGCAACCGCAGAAUCAACCGUCUCAGCUAAUGUCUCAAGACCACAUGAAUCUUGACAACGAACAAAAGAUAGCUUCCUCUUUCUCUUACCCGACUAGUCUCUUCAGUGACCAAUUUCAUAUGCCUCAAAGUGUUGCAGCAACCUCAUCCGACCACUCCAUGAUCGACGACGGUAACUUGUGGGGAAGCUUGUGGAGUCUAGACGACGAUGGUCCACACGGUUUCGGUGGUGGCUCGGAACAGAGAACAGCUGCCGAUAUUGCUGAGAAGUUUAACGGUGGGGGAAUUGAGGCUCCAUCGUGUGGAUCAGGGGAUUAUAGUUAUAAUGGCUUUUACACGGGAGGCUAUAUUUUUUAA